UGCUUUCUCUUGCAGUGGGAACCUGAGCCGCUUGUUGGGACUGCCUUAAAAUGGGCAUCUGGGGGCCCCACCAUGGGUCCCCCUCAGACUUCUUCAGUGGAGUUUUAUUUUUUUAGUUCAUAUUUUAUUUUUGUUUAUGGGAGAGACAGAUACUCCUUUUCAAAGAGAGGGAAAGCUCACAAAAGUUGGUAACUUUCUAAAAAGUAAUUCCAGGCUUUUCCUUAUCGACCCUGUCUGGACUUCCUUAUCCUGUUGAUUGGACCCGGAUGACUUGCUUUCCAUUACUGCUGGGUCAGAAACGGUUUGGAGUCUGUGUAAUUGACACUUGGAAAUAAGAGUGAAAUUGCUGGAGACCCUCACAACAGUGGCAGCUGAGGUAGAAGCUUCUGGAAAAACUCUUCCCUUGGGGGCACAGGCGAAGCCUGAAGGAUUUCCAAGAUGACCAAGGUAUCAGCCACCAAGAAGAUGCAGAGUUCCCGCAUCUCGGGGGCCCUCUGGCCCUUUUUGGCUUCAGAACUUCCGUCACAGGUCCCAGAGAAGUCAAAAAAGAGCAUCAAGUAUAUGGACAAGGAAAUAAUAAACCUCAAAAAGGACCUUACUCGAAGCCGUUUUUUGAUAAAGUCCGUGAAGAUAGGCCGCGGAUAUUUCACCAUACUGAGGGAGGAGAGUGUAUUGAAAAAGAGACAACAACAACUUCAGAAACUGGAGGAGGAAGAAAGACAUAAAUUCCAACCUGCCAGAAAGAUCUCAGAAAUCCAAUACGGGGAUAUUCUUUUGGCCACGGACGAUGACGAGAAGAGUAAGAAGGCGGGGCAUGGAGCCACAUUUCGCCCGUUCACCCCCAUACACAGCUGCAUCAUUUCGCCCUCGCUCCCCGAGGCUCACGUGGAACCCCUCUUCCGUCAGCUCUGUGCCCUCCACUGGCUUCUCGAGGCCCUGACGAUCGACCACACCCACCACACCAUGAAGCCCUUGAUCACCUGCUGGAAUCCAAAGGACCCAGGUGGAAGCAAGAGCACGAUAAAAAAAAUCAAUAAGGACAAGUCCAUGGGACAGAGGUGGGAGCACUUCAUCACAGCGCCAAAGAAGAAAUUCAAAAUUCCUGCUCCACGUGCCACGAACCCGAACCGCAAACCAAGCCGGCGAGGCUCCAUCCUAAGUCUGUCUCGGGCUAGUGGGGGGUCAUCCCCCCAGAGCAGCAUGGUCUCCGUGAACCCUGGCUCAGAUGAGCCCCCAAGCUCAUCUGUCACCCAGGCAACGGGCAACAAGGACGUUGAGGACAAUGAAUCGUCUUCAACCAAAGCAGAUGAAGAACUCCUCCAUGUCAAUCUGCAGAAGCUCCUAGAGAUGGUUCGGGGGGAUGCCCGGAGAACAGUGAUGAUGGAUAACGGGACGCCAAAACAACUGCCCAGUAUCUUGUCCACGAUCAGACAAACCAAGAGCGAUUCUGCUUCUAAAGACGUGCAGACCACCCGCAAAUCAAGCGACAGAUCCAGCAGUACAAGCGGAGAAAGCCACAGCCAACCAAUCCAGAAGAAGUCUAAAAGCCGCACCACCCAUGACAUCAGUCACUGCAAGAGUGACGUGUGUACCACCAUGAGGGCCAAGUUUUACAGCGUGGCCCAGGAGGCCAGCUUCUGUCUCCAGGACAAGAUGGAAAUCCUCAUGAAGCGCCAAGAAGAGAGAGGUCUCCAGAAGUUCCAUUCUUUUGUCCUUGUCUCGGAUUUUAAACAGGAUAUAGCAAAAAUGAGACAUCAGGUCUCCAUGGUAAAAGGAGAUGCAAACGAAAUUGCAGACCACUGGUAUUUUGAUCUGCUCUCCAAACUCCCCGAAGAUCUGAAGAAUUUCCGCCCCGCCAAAAAGAUCCUGGCAAAACUGCAGAAGUUUGGGGAAAACCUGGACCUGAGGAUCAGGCCCCACGUUCUCCUGAAGGUGCUACAGGACCUGAGAAUCUGGGAACUGUGCUCUCCAGACAUCGCCGUAGCUAUCGAGUUUGUGCGAGAACAAAUCAUCCACAUGCCGCAAGAGGAUUACCUCAAUUGGCUGCAAAACCGGAUCAGCGUCCCCAUCCGGCUCCACAGUGCCCAGAUGUAGUCUGGGCCUGGGUCGACCAGCUGUCCCUGUAGAGGAGGGCGAGUCUACACGGCGUUCCAGCUUCCUGCCUACUCUCCUGUGUACUCACGACGAUACAGGAAGGGUCCAUAUGACACAUGUGGAGGCUGCCUGCUGGUGACAACCUACAGGGAGAUCCUCCCGGCGGAAACUCGCCUCGACCUCACACCCCAGUUUCCACCUUCCGUUCCUCACUAGUCCAGCUUGACUCUGCCCACUCCCUCUCCAGAUUCCUUCACCCUGUUCCUCUUCCUCGAAUUCUGGAUA